GAAAAGACAUUUACUAAGAUUAAUAAUAUGUAGCGCUUUGUGAUAAGACAACGAACCCGAUCGGAUACAUACGUGAUUGCGAGGAUAUGGAUGGACGAGCAGAGACGCGUGUCGGUGGAAAUUAGUAGAAAAAAUAGCUUUAUUUUGGUCGUUUAUAACUUGGUAGUUGGGCUAAAGUGAGCGCGCUGCGUAAUGUCAUGCUAGCAUAGCUGCUGUAACUCAGCAGACGGUAUCAAGAUGAGCUCUUCACGGGAGAUAAAACAGCUGCAGAAAGCAAAGAGCAAAGCGCAGAACAGCAACAACCUCAAAGAGGAAGCAAACAUCUGCAAUCAGCUGGGAGAGCUGCUGUCCAGAAAUGGUGAUUAUGAGGCUGCCAUCAGUGAGCACCAGCAGGAGUUGUCUCUUUCUGAGGUGCUUAACGAUGUGAUUGGACGAGCUGUGGCCAAUCGUAAGAUAGGAGAGUGCUACGCAGAGCUUGGAAACAUUGAGGCUGCUUUGAAACAUCAGCGCCGUCACCUGGACCUGGCUCGCUCUGUCAGAGAUCAUGCUGAGGAGCAAAGGGCGCUGGCCACUAUUGGACGAACCUACCUUUUUCGAUAUGAAUCAGAUCAGUCGAAGAACAGUUUAGAGCAAGCUCAGGAUGCCUUCAGGCAGAGCCUGGCCAUUGUGGAUGAACGAUUAGAAGGGACUGUGCCAGGGCGAGAGAUUAGUGAGAUGAAGGCACGUCUCUUCCUCAAUCUAGGUCUGGUCUGUGAUCAUCUGGGAGAGCCCAAACGAUGCAGCGAGUUUAUUAGACGAAGUGUCUUUAUUGCAGAGAAGAGUCAGCUGCUGGAGGAUCUCUACCGUGCAAACUUUAACUUGGGCAACAUCUACUUCCGUCACGGUCAGCAGUCUAACGCAGUGCGUUGCCUUGAACAGGCCAAAGAGUGCGCGAGGAAGAUCAAAGACAAGUUCAGUGAGAGCGAGUGCUUCCACUGCAUCGGCAAGGUGCAGCUGUCACUGGGCGAUUUCGUAGCUGCCAGACGAUCUCUGAAAAAAGCUCUCUUAUUGGGUUCCCAGCAGCCAUUGGACCGGCAGGCAGUAAAGAAAGCUUUCAAAUAUGCGGAUCAAGGCUGUAAAUUAGAGGAAGAGUUGGGGGAGGAUCACGGCAAAAUCCCCCAUCAGGCCGUUGGGCUGGCAGAGCAGCUUGGGGACCUGUACUGUAAGGUUGGGUGCUACAGCAAAGCUCUGGAUGCAUAUCAAGCUCAGCUAAAGGGCGCUGAGGCGUUGGGAAAGCCUGCCAGGGAGCUGGCCGUCAUCCACGUGUCCCUGGCGGCGACCUACACAGACCUCAGACGGCACAGCAAGGCAGUGGAGCACUACAGACAGGAGCUGGCUUUACGACAGGGCAGCUCGACUGAGGAGUGUAGCACUUGGCUGAACAUCGCAGCUGCUCAGGAGGAGAGCAGCUGUGCCCUGGAGGAUGUAGAGAGCAGCUACAGUAAAGCCUCUCACUGCGCUCAGAAGUCUGGGCAGACCAGACUACAGAAACGCGUGCUGAGGCUCUGGCUGGCGUCCCAGAGACGACUCGGCUCAUCCAGGGCUGAUGACACUGAGGCGACGCUGCAGGAGCUGUGCGCCGCUGAGGGCUGGAGUCCAGAUGGGAGCGAUGGUGAGGAGGAUGAAGAGGAGGAGAUGGAUAACAGUGAGCCUCUGGAUGACAGUGACGUCGUCCUCUCAGACUCAGAUGAGGAUUUGGAGGGUUAUGACAAAAUGGUAUCAGGAAGGAGGAAGGCAGGAAGGUGGAACAAGAGGAACGAGAAGGGAGAGACGUCUCUGCACAGAGCGUGUAUAGACGGAAACCUGAAGCAGACCCAGUAUCUGGUGGAACAGGGUCACCCCGUGAACCCCAGAGACUAUUGUGGCUGGACUCCUCUUCAUGAGGCCUGCAACCACGGUCACUAUGACAUUGUAGCCGUGCUGCUGGAGCGCGGUGCUAAUGUAAAUGAUCCUGGUGGUCCCUUAUGUGAGGGAGUGACUCCUCUCCACGACGCCCUCGCUUGUGGCAAUUUAAAAGUUGCGAGACUCCUGGUGGAGCGAGGGGCUUCUGUCACUCAACGCAACUCAAAGGGUGACACCGCCAUGGACACCCUCCGUCAGUGGCAGAGGACAUACAGCAGAGAGCUGGACCAGGAGACAAAGCAGGAGUGCAUCGCCACAGAGAGACUGCUGAGGAAGGCGCUUGCAGGGGGAGUGCCGGCUGCUGCGGCCCCAGCCAAGCCUUUCGAUGCCCUGCAGGACAGCCAGCUGUUUGAUGCUGAGAACUCGGAGCCGCUGUCGUCCUCUGGAGGGGGCUGUUCCUCCAGCCAAGACUGGCGCCGGACCAACAGGAACUCAGAGGUGAAGGCAGCACCUGCCAGCCCCAAACGGUGGCAGAGCAAUGGCUCAACGCAGCGGCACAGAGCCAGAGGGACGGAGGCUGCCGUUCUGUACGGGAAUAACAGCAGCUCCUCAGAUGACAGCGACUCUGAUUGCCCCGUCAGUCCUCUGCGUCCCGUCCGCACCAGACAAAGUUUACCAGCACCCCCGAGUCACAAGGAAGCCCCCGCAAACCCAAUCCCCAACUCGGGUCGAGAAAGUGUGAGGGAGGCUCCCGCGCCGUCUGUCUUUGCACGAGAGGAGUACCACAGCGUCAUCCGAGGCUUAGGCAGUGCCAAAACUCUUCUGUCACAGCCUCAGUUCUCCAGCACGCCAGCUGUUUCAACCAGCAACAAAUCAGCUCUUAUUCCCGAGGAGGAGUACCUAGCUGAUGAGUGGCUGGAGGACGAUUUGGGGGAAAUCCAGCCGAAGAAGAAGAGGAGACUACAGGUGGAGCAGGAUGGGAUGAGAGGGGAGGAUGCUGCCUUGCCUUCAGCAGCAAAAAGUCAAAGCAGAUACUUGAACUCUGACGCCUGCAGAGCUCCGUCGUCCUCCAGCAGGAGUCUCUCUCUGAAAAAGAACGGCUCUCAGAAGCCUCACCAGGUCAAAAUGACUCAGAUGCCGGGGAUGGUGCGUUUGGGGAGACGAGAGGUCAACAGGUCACAGAGUCCCACAGUUACAGACAAUGACGAAGUGAGACCAGAGACGCCACCACCGCUACAAAUACACAUACAGCCUCCUGCUCAAACUUUGGUUGCUCCCAUGCCCACUUCACUACCUCCACCAAUCAGAAUGAGGGUCAGAGUUCAGGAGGAUGUUUUCCUCAUCCCAGUUCCACAAAGCGAGGCAGACUCCUGCACUGUGUCGUGGCUGUGUGAGCAGGCCGCUCAGCGUUACUACCAAAAAUGUGGCCUCCUGCCACGCCUCUCGCUGCAGAAGGAAGGUGCUCUGCUGUCCCCGCAGGACCUGCUGCUGGCUGUCCUGCACACCAAUGAAGAGGUUCUUGCUGAAGUUUGCUCCUGGGAUCUCCCUCCUCUCCCUGAGCGCUACAAGAAGGCCUGCCACAGCCUGGCAGCGGAUGAAAACAAGCGUGUGACCCGGCUCUGUGAGGUGCAGGACGGGAGCUCCUCUGUAUCGGUGUGCGGCCUCAGCCUGGCGCCCUCCUCCCUCAACCCGCUCCUUCGUGCCCUGAAACUGCAGGCCAGCCUCACAGAGCUGCGUAUGUCCGGCAACCGUCUCCACGACAACCUUCUCCCUGAGCUGGUUGCCACAACAAUCACCAUGCCUCGGCUUCGGCUGCUGGAUGUUUCUGCCAAUAGCAUCACGGGGGACGGGCUGGAGAAAGCCGUAAAUGCUUUAAAGGGACAGAGUCAUCCUGCGUUCCCGUGUCUGGAGGAACUCGACCUCAGCAUGAACCAGCUGGGUGACGGUGUGUCCGAGUCCCUGUCCUGUCUGCUGUCCCACUGCCCUCUGUUAGCCAAGCUGUCCCUGCAGGCCUGUGGCCUCACCGCUCGCUUUCUUCAGCAGCAUCGAUUGCUGUUAGCCAACGCUCUGACAGGAUCAGGCCACCUGAAAUCAGUGUGUCUAUCCCACAAUGCACUGGGCUCUACUGGCUUUGAGCUGGUGUUGAAGACUUUGCCUCUCCACUCUCUCACACACCUGGACCUGUCUGCCGUCCGCAGGGGUCCAGCUGAUUACCCAGCGCUGGAACACCUCGCCAAAAUCCUGUCACAGGAAGACUGUUCGCUGACCCACUUGAGUCUGGCAGCAAACGGGUUGACGGACAGCAGUGUCGCCACCUUGACCAGGUGUUUACCUUCAUGUCCGUCUCUGGUUCAUCUGAACCUUUCAGCUAAUCCGUCUGUUACCUCAGCGGGACUUCACAGCAUCCUGAUGUCUCUCAGAGAGGCUGGUCGACCUUUGACCCUUCUAAACCUGCAAGGUUGCGCGGUGUCCGGCCCCUGGGACAGUGCGGAUCUCGAUGGUUUGUCAGAGCUGGUCAAGGAUCUCCGUCUUUGCUCACAGGGACUCAACAAGCUGGACCGACAGGCCUUAAAGCAGAGCUGGGACGCCAGUCGGCCACAUGGACACUUCAUUGACCGAAACAGCAUGUGCCUGCUCUCUGCUGCAGCCCCCUCGUGAAGAGGGGAAACAUUUAACGUGCCGCAGAGACGAUGAAAGAUCAUACAUCACUGACACUGAAUUCUGAACCGUGUAAAAUCAUUAACACACAAUAUUUUAUCACUCGAGGCUGAUCGCUUAAGUCACCAAAUGGACCAGUCACAUGGCGCCCAGGGACACUCUGUGGAAGUAGCUUUUAUGUUUUCAUGUGUUUUUGUCACCUUAUUUAUGUGGAACUGUACUUACGUUUGUCAUGUUAGCAGUGUGUUUGUCAUGAUGCAACCACUGAAUUAUUGUAUGAUUUUACAUUUAGAAAAAAACAAUUAAAGUAUUGUAAAAUAUUUCUUUUCAUCACUUUAAAGGGAUUCUUCCUGGUUCAUAAAA